UGCGACAGCGGCGACGUCGACGGCGACGACGACAGUGACAAUCCGCGUCGCUCACUUACCAACGGAAUCGCCAAUAUGGACGACCUUUAUGAUGAGUUCGGCAACUACAUCGGGGAGGAUGUGGAAAGCGAGGAAGAGCAAGACUCGGGCGCGAAUGAUGGCGCGCAAUACCUCGACGAUGAUGCAGACGAGCCACAGGCGACGACCGGCCAGGAGUUGAUGGACAUCGACGAUGAAGGGCCGUCCAAUGCCGUUGUAUUGCACGAAGACAAGCAGUAUUACCCAUCCGCCUCUCAGAUCUAUGGACCCGACGUCGAGACGCUGGUGCAGGAAGAAGAUACCCAAACGCUGCAACAGCCGAUUGUCGCACCGGUGGAGAAGAAGAAAUUCACAAUUGAGGAGGAGGACUUGCCGCAGGUGUAUUUCGAUCGUGGGUUUAUGGCAGAUCUUCUGGGAUUUCCCGAGCAAAUAAGGAACAUCGCCCUGUGCGGCCAUCUGCAUCAUGGAAAGACGAGUAUUAUGGACAUGCUUGUCGCUCAAACACACGACAUUUCAAAAUUUAUGGAGGGCAAGACUGGCAAGGCGCGCGACGAGACGAUCAAGUAUACCGACACACACAUCCUAGAACGCGAACGAGGGCUGUCAGUAAAGGCCAGCCCAAUGAGCCUGUUGCUACAGGGCACUAAGGGCAAGACACAUUUACUGAACAUCUUGGACACACCGGGACAUGUCAAUUUUGGAGACGAAGUGGCCGCAUCCUUACGCUUGGUCGACGGUGUUGUCUUGGUUGUGGACGUGGUAGAGGGCGUGCAGGUGCAGACAGAACUUGCGAUCAAGCACGCUGUACUUGCCGGACUCCCCCUCGUACUCCUCAUCAAUAAAGUUGACCGGCUGAUGCUGGAGCUGAAGUUACCUCCAACGGAUGCCUACUUCAAGCUGAAGCAUGUGGUUGAACAAGUCAACACACACAUCGAGAACACCAUUCCUGGGCGAGGAGAGAAAUUCCGCGUAAGCCCCGAGAAGGGCAAUGUCGCUUUUGCAUGCAGCAGCAUGGAAUGGUGUUUCACACUUCCUAGCUUCGCGACAAUGUACGCCGAGAACUACCCGAGUGCGGGAUUCGAUGUGAAAGAAUUCAGCAGACGUCUAUGGGGCGACAUCUAUUACAACCCUGGCUCACGCAAAUUCACCAGAAGAGGUGUGGAAGAGCGUGCGAAGCGAAGUUUUGUCCACUUCGUCCUGGAACCGAUUUACAAGCUUUACUCUCAUACUCUUUCCGAGUCUCCGGGUAACCUCAAGAAGACACUCGCUUCGCUCGGGAUAUCUCUGAAGCCUAGUCAGUUGAAAGCAAAUGCCAAAGAUCUGCUCAGAAUGGUAUGUGCGCAAUUCUUCGGUCCAGCCACUGGGUUCGUAGACAUGAUCGUUGAGCACGUCCCAUCCCCAGUAGAAGGAGCAAAGCAGAAGCUGGAGAAGUACUACACUGGCCCCUUGGAUACCAAGACAGCUCAAGCAAUGCUUGAAUGUGACCCCGAGGGUCCUUUGGUUGUCCAUGUAACCAAGCUGUUUAACACUCAAGACGCACAAGGCUUCCACAGCUUCGGACGAGUGAUGAGUGGAACUGCAAGGCCUGGUCAAUCCGUUCGAGUCCUUGGCGAGAACUACAGCAUCGAUGACGAGGAAGACAUGGUCAACGCUACUAUCGAGCAGGUCUGGAUAGCAGAGAGCAGAUACAAUGUACCUGUGUCAGGCAUGCCUGCAGGUAACUUUGUCCUGCUUGGCGGUGUCGACAACUCCAUCAUGAAAACUGCGACCAUCGUUGCACCAAAACUAACCGACGACGAAGAUGCAUACAUUUUCAAGCCGAUCGCCCAUUUCUUUGAGAGCGUCUUCAAGGUGGCUGUCGAGCCAAUCAACCCAUCCGAAUUGCCGAAGAUGUUGAAUGGUCUGCGUCAGAUCAACAAAUCCUAUCCACUCAUCACGACAAAGGUCGAGGAAAGUGGUGAACAUGUCGUUCUCGGCACAGGAGAGCUGUAUAUGGACUGCGUCCUACACGACCUUCGCAAGCUGUACGCACAAAUGGAGAUCAAGAUCUCAGAUCCGGUGACCCGAUUCUGCGAGACUUGUGUCGACCAGAGUGCUAUGAAGUGCUAUGCUUUGACGCCCAAUAAGAAGAACAAGCUGACAUUUGUUGCUGAGCCACUUGAUGACGGCAUCGCGGAGGACAUUGAAUCCGGCAAAGUCAGCAUCAAAGAUCCUGUGCGAAAAGUCGGUAAAUUCUUCGAAGAGAACUACGGCUAUGAUAUCCUUGCCAGUCGAAACAUUUGGGCUUUUGGGUCUGAAGAUCUGGGACCUAACAUUCUGCAAAACGAUACACUUCCAUCUGAUGUGGAUCAAAAGGUGCUUAGGAGUGUGAAAGACACGAUCCGUCAAGGCUUCAGCUGGGGAACACGAGAAGGACCACUCUGUGAAGAGCCCAUCCGGAAUGUAAAGUUCAAGAUCACAGACGUUGAACUUGCAUCGGAAGCCAUCUUCCGCGGCGGUGGUCAGAUCAUUCCUACAGCACGUCGAGCUUGCUACUCAUCGUUCCUCAUGGCUGGUCCCAGAUUAAUGGAACCAAUGUAUUCGUGUACAAUGCUCGGGCCUGCAAACAGCGUCAGCUCAUUGUAUACUGUACUGGCCAGGAGACGGGGGCAUGUAUUGAGCGAUGCGCCUAUUCCUGGAACGCCAUUGUACAGUGUACAAGGCCUGAUCCCUGUCAUCGACUCUUUCGGAUUCGAAACGGAUCUACGCAUUCACACGCAAGGGCAGGCUACGGUGUCGCUUGUCUUCGAUCGCUGGCAGGUAGUGCCUGGUGACCCACUGGACAAGAGCGUCAAGCUGCGUCCACUUGAGCCAGCCAGCGCGCAGGCUACGGCACGCGAUUUUGUACUGAAGACAAGGAGGAGGAAGGGGUUGAGUGAGGAUGUCACUGUCAGCAAGUACGUGGAGCCAGAGAUCAUGCGACAGCUCCGAGAGACGGGCAUGCUUGAUGGCUGAGAGCCAGCUUCAUGGUACAUGACCCACACAAACAGUCUCGUUGCCAAUGGGACAUCGACAGCGGCAGGCUGGAUAAACGUCGAGUGAACCAGAACAACACGUGCAAUACGCCGUGAGUCACAGAGCCUAGGAAUAGUUCCCGACACCAGUCACCCGGCGUCACAACUGCUGCCCAGCACCGAUGCUGCGUAGCAAUCGGCGCGCAUGUCCGAUGAAAUGUUUGCGGGCCGCAUCCGGUGCCACGAGCUGGAGAUAUGAUGAAGCGCAAGAUUAGAGGAAGCCACUGAUAACAAUGACCCGCAUGGCAUUAGAGGGCAAUGCAAUUGGUGACGGACCAUCACGAAGAGGUUCACAUGGUAGGUAGAUGAGCACGAAAAGAAUUGGAAGCGAUGUUCAAAUUACCCACUAGCCUGUAUACCUCUUCAUCGAAACAACACUACCAUGCAUCUCGAUGUGUCGAAAAAUUAAUGACAAUCGAGCAUUUCUCCCGCGACAAAUCGAUCUUGCUCAGACCUCUGACAAAAUCGUUUAUUCCUCAAACAACUCCUGCAAUACAAUUCCGACGGCCUUCAUCGGAACAGUCAUCAAAACGCAUCUCGAAUCCAAAAACCUGACAAACGCCCACACAUCCAACAAAACCCCAUCUCAUCACCCACCAUCC